UAGGGUAUUUCCCAUUGGAAAAAUAUGGCGCGAAUUUUGCAAAUAAUUUAAGUUGUUUUGUUGUUAAAAUAUUCAAUAAAAGUCGUGAAAGUAUGCCAAGGAAGCGAAAAAGUGACGAAAUUGAAGCGAAGGCCACAAUUUCAAAGAAACAGAAGAACGUAGAACAAGAUACGGGAAGCGAAAAAGAGCGAAUCGAAAAGUUGUACGGAAUUUCGUUUUCGAGAGAUUUUUUCGCGUUUUGGAAAUUCUGCGUGGAGUUAAAACCGGAAAACCCUUUAAACAGUUUACUUUGCAUCGGUUUGAAACUGGUCGGACCUUUCUACUAUCUUCACCAACAACACAAGCAAGAUGAUUCCAAACCGCCAGAAUUCUACCAUAUGAAGUGGAGACAUUACUAUGAUACCCCUGAGUUACUUACUGUUGUAACUUCAGUUGUAAACAAAGGUUUCCACAUCGGAUAUUUUAAAGAUGACCCACAGGAGGAGGAAAAUGUGGUCGUUGCGAACUCGGGGAAAGAUGGAGUUUAUUCGGUUCUAGGAGAUAAUUUAUUUGCAGCAGUGAACUCACAAAUAGAAAGUUACCUCAAGAAAUCAAACAAGAAAGCCAACAAAGACGAAACUAAAGUUGCAAAAUCAAUUCAAACUAAACUGAAACAACUAACGCAACAAGAAGAUUUUUCUCUCAUCCCAAGGAGUGACAAAGUGAGACAACGCGAGAAGAAGGUUGUUGCUAAGACAUUACAAAAAAUUGGCAUCGUGGUUCCAAUAUCUGGUGAAGAUAAAGUUGGAUACCGGCCUUUGCCUCACAGUAACCCUGACUUGGUCAAGCUAUUGAAGAAGAUAACGGAAGCCAAAGAUGAUAAAGAAAGAAUGUUGAGGUUUGAUCCGAUACAGGAGAUGGUGACGUUUAUACAGUUCGCUAAUGAUGAAUGCGACUAUGGUAUGGGAUUGGAACUUGGGGUGGAUGUGUUUUGUAACGGAUCAAGAUACUUCAACAAGUUGGCUACUAACUUACUCACUAUGGCGUACAAGCUUACCAAAAGAGACCUUUACGCCAGAAUAAUUGAAACUCAUUUAAAAGAUCGACGUUUAGAAAAUAUGGAUAGAAUGUAACACAAGGUGACUUCAGUAGUUGUCACAACUCUCAACUGUCUUAUGUAUUUUUUCACAAAGUUGUUUAGACUGAUGCUUCUGCAUUUAAACUUGUUCUACUUGCGUAGUUUUUCAUUUGAUAUCAGCAUCUUUUACUGUAUUUAUCACCAUAAUAACCUUGAAUUGGUUGCACCACUUUCAACAGGUGCUUAUAUAAGUUAAUCUGUAUGACACAUCAUCUAAAGCUUUUCCUUCUUGUGCAUCUUUAUUUUUUGAUUUCAUACAGAAUUCUUGUACCACUUAUUAAAAAAAACUCUUCCAAAAA